UUGUUGUCUAUUGUCUGUCCAUUUCUUUGCCUUAGCCACUGACAAUCCUCAGAUGCCUUUGUCCACUGGUGUCAUCACACCCAAUACCUGUCCAAGUUAUCUUUGCCUGCAACAAAGCAACUGAGAGCUGCACGGAAGGAAGGAGCUAUGGGCAACACAGUGAGUGUCCCAGUGGAAGUUAAAGAAGACAAUGCAUGCCCAGUAAUAAAUUAUCAGGCUCUACCUGAAUCUCCUACCAGUGUCAAAAAUGGAUCUGCUGUAUUUGUUCAGACUCAUCCUCCUGCAAUGAAUGGUGGAGUUGAUGCGAAGGCAAGUGUUGCGCGGGAUAAUGCGGCCGCUUCUUCCCCGAAGACAAAGGAGCAGAGCGCCGGCGCUGCGGGUGGGGAGGCUGCUGGGAGCACUGCCAGCAGGGCCUUGCCAUCUGCUAAAUCCCGCUCUGUCUUCGCGUUUUCAUGGUCUGUACCAGGGCGUACUGAAGACCCAGCGUCAGACUCAUCAGUUGGAUCCGCGAAGCUUGAUCUCAGCUCGGAGGCGCCCGACGUGAACAAAGCACUGAGUGACAGCGUGGCCUUGCCCGCGGCAGCUGCGCCAGAGCCUGGCGCCCAUAAAAUCCUGGCCCAGGCCCAGUCAGCACCAGUGCCUCACCACAGCGGCCUAGCGGCACCUGGGACACCUGAGGGAGAGGCUGCAGCCGCACUGAAGCCAAAACAAGUAAACUUUUUUGACAAGAUCUUCAAACUGGAGAAGGGGAAGGAAAGGAGCCAAGAGCAGACUCCCACCCAGAAGGAAACGAGGGCUUCAGACGCUCCUGACGGGUGCAGUGCUGUGCAGGAAGCCACCGGAUCACAGAGAACUUCAAAUGGCAUCCCACCGGGGAAGGAGAUAGAUGACUGCAACCGAAGAGACCUACGGCAGGACUUGGCAAGUGUCAACAGUCUCACUGCUGAGCAACCUGCAAGGGCAGAGGUAAACCAAGACAGCCCCCGGGCAGCUGCUGCAGUGGACAACCACUCCGUCAUGAGUUUCUUUAAAACGCUGGUCUCACCAAGCAAAGCUGAAACCAAAAGUGAACCUGAAGACAAGGGAUCAAAAGCAGAAAAAGGCCAUGGUGGGCAACCUGCUCCGAAGACGGUGCCAGAAUCCCAGACUAAAGGAGCCAAGAAAAAGAAGGCAGAGAGUCCCAAGCUAGGACACAGUACUUUUAGCAAACUCUUUAGGCAUAAGGCUGCAAAGGAGACCCAACAGACAACUAACACCAAAAGCACUGAACAGCAGCCUGUUAGCUCUGUGAAAUCAGACAAAAAUGUCCCUUCCUCUCAAGAGCUGCAGACAGCUAAGCAGAAUACAAAAGCCCCCGAGCCUGCAGCCCAGCAGCAGGCAACAGCCACUGAAGCCCCCAAAGAGGUGACGAAGGAGAAAGCAUCAUCCACUCCUAUGCCACUGAGCAAACUCUUUUGGAAAAAGAACACAUCGGAAGAAGCAGAGACCAUAAGCAAUGAAAAAGCAGAUGCACCUUCAGAAGCUGCGGCUCCUGACAAAGACGAGAAAAGCCCAGAAGCAGCAGAAGUGAAACCUAGAAAAGAAGAAAGCAAAACCCCCAAAGCAAACCUGAGGAAGUUUUUCAAACUGUCAGGCAAGGGUGAUGGAGGGACAACCCGUUCAGAAGAGGUAAAUGGCCCAAGCCCCAGCCACCAAACAUCAAACUCUACAGAGAGGCCAGUUGCCACAGCUGAAAGUGAACCUGUGGGCCAAAAGAGCAAAGAGAGUUCAAAAGACAAGAAGUCGACAGUGGAGCUGAGCAAGCAGAAAGGCAGCAAACAGGAAGCCAGAGAGCAGCCAGACUCCAGGGAGCAGCAAACAGCCGAGACCGACUCCAUCCAGAACGGAGGAGACGCUUCAAAGGAACCCUCCUCCUACAAGAGGACAGAGAAGAGGCAGUCACUUGGAGGGUUUUUUAAGGGCCUUGGUUCCAAAAGGAUGUCUGAUGCCGAAGUGCAAACAGAUCCAGUGUCUAUCCUACCUGCUGGGAAAUCCAAGUAAUGAAUACAAUUGGCUGCUGAAGGAUCAGCAGCUCUCUCUACACUCACUUGCAAUAGAGAUGACUCAUUAUUUUCCUUUACAUGGCUGUCAUCAGAUGCCGGAGGCUAAAAUAAACAUUGGUGUAUCAUUUAAGGUAUAUCAUUUACAGGGUUUGUUCAUUAGAUGUUAGAAAGCAACUGUAAAGAUCAUCAAGAAGCAAUGUGUAGUAUUAUAUUUAAAGAAAGGUCAUGUGGAUGAUUUUCAGUCUAUAGAGGGUAGUAAGGUAAGAAAGGGGCAGUGAAUUAAAAAAAAAUAGCAGAAAAAAUGUAUGUGACAAAGGAAUGCAGUUUGUGCAGCAAGGCAUGAGCAACAAAUCCUCAGUUUUAGAGAGUUUCAAAGCAGCCAGGAAAAAAAAUCUUUUUUUUGAUAAAUGUUAUACUUAAAUGUAAAAACAAGUCACCUUCUGUGGUAUUAAAUAGUGCUAAAAUUAGCAAAAAGUCUGCGGUAUGAUAGAAUCAGUGGUUAUAAAGUUAUGCUUCAUAUUGGUUAUUAAUGUAAGUUAAAAUGCUAAAAUGCAAAAGCUUUACAUGAUUGAGACAACUUCUCUCCUGUCUUGAUGAGGUGGGAUAACAAAUUAAAAAUUAUUUAAGGUUCUAAUAGGAACACAAGGGGGCACCCACGUCCCCACCAUAGUCCUAACUCCGAGGUUGUACCUACAAUCCUGUUAUUAAUGUUUCUCAGAUGAUAGGGAAGAAAAAGUUAGUUGUUUCAUCAGAUAUUUGUUUAUAUCUAUACUUGUAAUUAAUCCUAAUAAAAUCAAAAUCAAGGCUGUCCAGGCACCUCCCUGCUUCACAAGGCUCCUGUAAUAACUGUAGUUAAUAAAUUUUACAGAAAAAUAAGAUUUCUGUGGUUUAUUCAGCCCUUUACUCAGACAAAGAACUGUACGCCUGACAUUUUAAGUCACACUAGCAUCUGAAAUAUAUAUAUUGUAUAUUUUGAUCUCGUUAUGAUUAAAUAAACAUACUAAUCCUUUCACAAAA